UAUGAAGUGAAUGUUAAUAAAUGAAUGAUAUUUUAUGUCCAAUCCUUAUUCAAGUAGUUGUGGUUAGUUAGAACAUAGUUUUUAAAAGUGGCACAAAACCAAAGAUGGAGUGAAUUUUGCAAUGGGUCUUUCUCAGAAAUGCAGGAAAAGUAUUUACUAUCCACAAUGCAGUCAAUGACCAUGGGCUUCAGAAGGCUGAUGACGAAUUUCCGUGGCUACAGUCCGGUCACCAAGUUCAGAAGAGGAGUGAAAGUGGCAUUCAGUGAUAAAUAUUUAUUUUACACAAAUGUUACAAUUUCCUUAAGUUUAUCAGCAUUAGGGGAUAUUGCAGAACAGAACUAUGAACUAUACUGCAAAGAAUUAGAAAACUAUGACGCGAAACGGACUUUACACAUGGCUUGUUCAGGAGUUGCUGUGGGUGUUUUGUGUCAUCAUUGGUACAAAGUUUUAGACAAAUUUAUCAUAGGAAAGACUGUUGACAUGGUUGUUAAGAAACUGAUACUUGAUCAGUUAAUUUUUUCACCUAUUAUGAUAGUAACUUUCUUCGGAAGUUUAGCCUUGUUUGAGGAGAACCCUUUAGAAAAUUUUAAAGAAGAAGUUAAAAGUAAAUUUGUUACCCUUUAUCAAGCAGAGUGGAUUGUAUGGCCCCCUGCGCAGAUCAUUAAUUUUUAUUUCCUCCCCACUAGAUACAGAGUAUUGUACGACAAUACGAUAUCAUUAGGAUAUGACAUAUACACCUCACAAGUUAAACAUAGUAAAGCAAAGAAAAUGUUUCGAGACAGUAAUGGAAAAAAAACCAGAUUCAUCUUGAUGAUUAUCAUCAUUUUUCUAGUACAAUUUACAUACUCAUGUAAUUAGUCAGUUUAAGUAUCAGUCGUUAAGAAGUCUACUUGCGUCAUUCGUGGUUACCUGUAAUAAAAGCGAUGCUGUGAUAAUCAACAAAAAAAUAUGACAAAAUACAUAUCUAUUAUUUAUAAUUUAACACUUUGAACAUCAAGAACGCUUAAAGACGCCGUGAGGUUUCGUACUAGCUCUCAGAACACUAACGAGUGUUACCUGUGACAUACCUUGUCAUACGCUUUCUCAAUCCCAACUCACGACAACUUUAAAAGUUCUCGGCGUAAAAGGGUUUUAAAUGACAUGCAAUGUUUGUAAGUAGUAAUUUUAUUUGCCUUAUUUAUUGUAUGUAUUAUAUGUCAAUUAUACAUAUUGUUACACAA